CUUAUAUCUGAUGAAUAUACAUUUUUGUUUGUACAUACUGAUAUAAUUAUUGUUGUAUUUGACCUUUCAAUCUUGUUUUGUUAGCAAUAAGAAAACCUCUCAUUUAUUUAAAAAAAUGAGCACCAAAUUAGGUAGUUUGUUUACGCAAUUAGGUAGAAAAUAUUCACAAAAUGCCAGUAAAGUACUUGUGCAUAAGCAAUUAAGUGGGAAACGAAAUGGAAUAUCUCUUAUAGGAUUUAACAGACCACAACAGAAAAACGCUUUGAGUGCGGAAUUGGUAGACAGUUUUAUUAACGUCCUAGACCAAAUAGCUUACGAAAGUUCUGCAAGAGUUUUAAUCAUACACAGUCUCGUUCCAAAGAUAUUUUGUGCAGGGGCAGAUUUGAAGGAACGACUCGAAAUGAGUCAAGAAGAUGUGCACAAUUUUGUAAAAAAGUUAAGAGGUCUUUCACAUAAAAUUUUCAAUCUUCCUAUACCUGUUAUAGCAGCACUGGACGGAGUAGCUUUAGGUGGUGGUUUAGAAUUAGCGUUAUCUUGUGAUAUUCGUGUAGCAGCAGAAAACGUCAAACUAGGACUAGUUGAAACAAAGUUAGCAAUCAUCCCUGGAGCAGGUGGCACACAGCUACUUCCCAGAUUGAUAAAUCCUUCGAUAGCUAAGGAACUAAUUUUCACAGCCGCCAUUUUAAACGGAAAAGAAGCCGAGAAACUCGGAUUGGUCAACUAUGUCAUGGAACAAAACGAAAAUUGUGACGCUGCCUAUUCUAAAUCCUUAAAUAUCGCCGAAAAAAUAUUACCUAAUGGUCCUGUAGCUGUGAGAAUGGCUAAGCAAGCCAUAAAUAAAGGAUUAGAAGUUGAUCUUGGUACUGGGUUGACUUUCGAAGAAGUUUGUUACUCGAAAGUGAUACCUACGAAAGAUAGGAUAGAAGGAUUACGAGCUUUUAACGAAAAAAGAACUCCAGUUUAUAACGGUUCUUAAAUCUACAUUUUUUUAUAGCUGUCAACUAUCAAUUAAAAUAAAAAUCGUGUUUAUUAAAAACAAAUUUUAUUAGAUAUUUCAAUAUUAGAACCAUAUAUUUUAAUAAGAAUGUAUUUAUAUAUAAUUUACGUUUUCUUAAAACAAACUUUUCGCUAUUUACAUAUAAUACAAGAAAAAACAAAAAUCAAGAAGUAGAUUUAGGAGAAUAAUAAAAUUAUAUCCAACUAAUAUAGUUGAAAUAACACUAGUAAAAAAAUAUAAAAAAAAUAUUAAGAUUCAGCGAAUUUAUACAAAGUUAAAAAUUAAAAAAUUGUACAGCAAUUCCGAAUCGACACGGUAUUAUUUCCAUUUGUACACAAGACAAAAUGAUAUAAUGAACAUAAAAUUGAGAAUUUUUAUUAUCACUUGGAUAUUUGUCAUUUUUUUGAGAUUAACAAUAAAAUAUUCUAAAUACUAUAAAAAUUCCAAUCAGAAAUAAUUUAUUAUUAUUUGAUGAUUAUUUAAAAUAUUCGAGAAUGUUUUUAUCAUUUUUUAACUAAAUAAGGUUCAAUUUCACUGAAAUACUGUAAAAAAAUUAUUCCAAUUCGCCAGCUCGUUUUCCAAAUUUGCCAAGAAAUGAUAUAACAUUAUGUUGUAAAGUGUUUCUUAAAUAUACAGACAAACUUUUAGGGAUUAAUAUUAACUGAACAGUUAUAUUUUUAAAUAUUUUAUUAUAAUUAUAAAAAUUGCAAAUAUCUACUGGGCGUCAUUUUUGUAUAAAAUACCCUGUAUUUAGGAAAUUAGCGUUUUCGGACAUAUUUAUUUUGUCGGUAUAUUUAUGGGACACUCUGUAUUCUUAUUGCCGAAAUUGAAAUUUGACAAAAUCACCUAAUUGGAAAUAUGCAUAGUAUAAUGAAUGCAGUAGAAUUUAUGUCCAAAAAAAAGACAAUAAAAGCAAGUUUUGAAGACACUUUAGUUACUCAAUUUAGUUCUAAAAGUCAACAAAUAUCAUCGAAACGACAAAGAUAUUCAAAGUUUAAAUAAAUGGCCAAUUAACAAAAACAUUAAAAUUCAACAAGCAUCAAAAAUUUACUACAAAAAAGUUGAAAAUUAAGUGACUAAACACCAAAAAAUCGCCGAGUAAUGAAAUGUCAAAAGUAACAAAAUGUCUUAAUACUUGCUAAAAAGUCAAUCUCAAAUAAUAUUUAAAUCAAUUAAUAAUUGAAAAAUGGACGGUUUAAGUUCUACAUAUAAACUUCAGCCCUCAGCGGAUCUUUUUUUAUACCAGAAAUAGAAAUAAUCUGAAGGCACUACAUCACAGCGUUGGAAGAUUAUGUUAUUUUGGAAAAAAAGAAAAUUUGGUUAAUUAUUAUUUGUAGCUAAUAUGCUAAAAUGAAAAUUAAGCCUUUUGGACAGAAACAUGUGCGUUGGUAUAACUUGAAUAAAUUACAAAAAUACAAACGUCUUUUGGAGAGAAAAAACACCGUACCAUUAUGUUAAGAACACAAGAUGCGUUUAUACAGGAUGGACGCUAUUUUGAUAACACGAUAGUUGUUUCACUCUACAAGAACAUUAACAUUUAAAACUAAAAAACGUCUUUACUCCUAAUAUAUUAUAAAAAGGUCUCGUUAAACAUUGAAAAGACCAUUUUCACUUUAAAUACGUCACGUCCUACGUUAUUGUCACAAUGUACACUCGAAAACGUCUAGUCAAAAAUUAAAAAAAAGUAAAAAAUAACUUACACUUGAACAUUUA